UUUAAAGGAUCUCGACGUGUUUCCGGUGUCGUGGCGAUCACACACACACACACACAGAACAGUUUUACUCUUCAGUCUGUAAAGCAGCUGAUACACAACACAAACAUGAUUUCAUUAACGGAUUCACAGAAGAUCGGGAUGGGGCUGACGGGUUUCGGCGUGUUUUUCCUCUUCUUCGGGAUGAUUCUGUUCUUUGAUAAAGCCCUCUUGGCCAUAGGAAAUAUCUUGUUUGUUGCAGGUCUCUCAUUCGUUAUCGGGCUGGAACGGACUUUCAGGUUCUUCUUCCAGCGGCAUAAAAUGAAAGCCACUGGUUUCUUUCUGGGAGGCGUUUUCGUGGUGCUCAUCGGAUGGCCGAUUGUAGGCGUCGUUCUGGAGGUCUAUGGAUUUUUCCUUCUUUUCCGGGGCUUUUUCCCAGUAGCGGUUGGCUUUAUCAGGCGGGUGCCUAUUCUGGGAUCCUUACUGAACCUUCCUGGCAUCAGUGGACUAGUGGAUAAAGUCGGCGAGAGCAACACCAUGGUAUAACGGUCAAUGCGUUAGUUUUUUUAUGAGUGGCUCAUAUUUAUAUUUGUCAUAAUGUGCUUCGGGCUCGGCGUCUCUCUGAACCACAGAGGAGAUUUUUGAUAUUUUACCUGUGAAGAAGUUUGUGUUUUUUCUGGGACUGAUAACCAAACCAAGUCAGACGUUGUCAUCGUUGCUGCAUCACGCGUCGCCCUCCAGGGGGCGACAGGACCACUGACUGCACCCCGAAACGUGACGAUGAAGUUCACCUGAAGGAAUCACUGGGUUCUGAAUAAAGUCGUUACUGUUUUUUUUAAAAAAGAAUGUUUUUUUAUGUGCCAACUGGUUUGUUUUGCUCUAAUCAUGAGGCUAAUUUGGACGUUUUCCACAUGAGCUCCACCUAGUGGAGUGGAGACUGUUGGAAACCAGGAAAUACAGCAACCUGCGUGACAUGACUGACUUGUUUAAGUAUUUGUACAUACUUGAAAUGUGAGACUAAUAUACAUUUUUACCGACAAAGAUUCUGUUUAAUAAAUGGAUUAUAUCCUUGAUGUUGCCCGACAUCACAUUUAAAGCCUCAUACAAGUGCAAAUAUAUCUUUGUAGCAUUAGCCAUAUUGCUCUUCAAUAGUGUGUACAUCAUUGAGUAGUUCCUGAAAUCAACAGUCAUUUGGAAGAGCAACAAUGUCAAUCAAAAGUUUGGACACACCUACUUAUACUUUAUGCAUAUUUUACUCAGUUUGUGAUCAUAUUCAGUUCUUCCUUCUCUGCAUCUGUUGAACGUUUGAUCAUGCUUUU